AUGACAUUAAUCACAAUCUCACAAUCCUUAGAUGAGGCAUAUACCAAGAAUAAAAUUAUUCCUGAAGUUGUUGAUCAAUUCGACACUCAAGGUUUAUUAACAAUUGAAUAUGGUCCCACCGAAUUGGUAACUUUGGGUAAUACAUUAACUGUUGCAGGUACCAAAGCCGCACCCAAAAUUCAAUUGACUUUGAAUUCGUCAACUGAAGACGGCAAGAUUGAAAGUGUUGACCCUGCUGAUAAAUUUAUUUUGGUUGUUACUGAUCCCGAUGCUCCGUCAAAUAGUGACCAUAAAUGGUCAGAGUACUUGCACUGGUUAGUUACAGAUAUAAAAUUACCUGAUACUAAUACCAAAGAUGGUGAGCCUAAAAUCAGUCAUUUUAUUGAUGCUACACAAGGUAAUGAACUAUAUCCUUAUCUUGGCCCCGGACCACCACCCAAAACCGGCAAGCACCGUUAUGUGUUUUUAUUAUACAAACAAGAUCCUAAGGUUGACAAGCCAACUACUCCAAAGGACAGACCAAAUUGGGGUACUGGAGUUCCAAGCAGCGGUGUAAGAGACUGGAUCAAAAAAGAAGCCCCUGGUUCAAAAUUAUUAGCAGUAAACUUCUUUUACGCUCAAAAUGAAGACAAUUGA